AUGUUGCCCGCCACUUGCAAUAGAAAGACAAGACACCUCUGUGCGAUUUUCCUUUCCUGUAUUUUGGGCUUUGCUAUUGGUUUUUCGCAUGCUGACCCUGCUUGGGAUGAUAUCUCUGUCAAUACCCAAUUUCCGGAUGACUUUUUCAAGGCUUCGCCAGUUAAGUUUACCAUUAUCGUCUUUUGCUGGAAGCGAGCAGAGUCUUUAAACAGACUUCUGGAUUCUCUGAUAAGAUCCGACUAUGCCGGCAAAAAGGUUGAUUUGCAACUGCGUAUUGAUGGGAAUUCCUCUAUCGAGGUUGUUGAUAUUGUGUCGCAGUUUAAAUGGCCCCAUGGCUCCAAGAAGGUUGCACUUAAAAAAAGAAAUGCUGGACUUGCUAAGGUUGAAAUUAUUGCUUUCAUUCUGUAG